AUGGCGAUGCCUUCUGUGAUGAAGGAUGAGCAGGGCCGCCCGUUCAUCGUUGUCCGAGACCAGGGAAAGAAGAAGCGGAUGCAUGGUAAUGAUGCGGUGAAGGCUCACAUCGUUGCGGCUAAGACUGUCGCCAACAUCGUCAAGACCUCCCUCGGUCCUCGCGGUCUCGACAAGAUUUUGAUCUCUCCCGACGGUGAUAUUACUGUGACCAAUGACGGCGCGACUAUCCUCGGUCAGAUGGAAAUCACAAACAAUGUCGCCAAACUUCUGGUCGAGCUGUCCAAGUCACAGGAUGAGGAAAUUGGUGAUGGAACAACUGGUGUUGUCGUCCUGGCGGCGGCCAUGCUGGAGCAAGCGUCGGAGCUCAUCGAUAAGGGCAUUCACCCCAUCCGGAUUGCCGAUGGCUACGACCAAGCCUGCGAAAUCGCCGUUGCAGAACUCGACAAGAUCAGUGACGAGAUCCCCUUCAGCAAGGACGACACUUCGAAUCUGUUGAAGGUUGCCAAGACUAGCUUGGGUAGCAAGAUUGUUUCCAAGUCCCACGAUCAGUUCGCGAAGAUCGCCGUCGAUGCUGUCCUCUCGGUCGCCGAUCUCGAGCGCAAGGAUGUGGAUUUCGAAUUGAUCAAGGUCGAUGGAAAGGUUGGAGGUGCCCUUGAGGACUCUCUUCUGGUUAAGGGUGUUAUUGUCGACAAGGACUUCUCUCACCCUCAGAUGCCGGAUGAGGUCACCGAUGCCAAACUGGCCAUCCUGACCUGUCCGUUCGAACCUCCCAAGCCCAAGACGAAGCACAAGCUCGACAUCACGUCAGUCGACGAAUUCAAGAAACUGCAAGACUAUGAGAAGGAAAAGUUCACUGAGAUGAUUCAACACUUGAAAGACUCGGGCGCCAACUUGGUCAUUUGCCAAUGGGGUUUCGAUGACGAGGCCAACCAUCUCCUUCUCCAGAACCAGCUCCCUGCUGUCCGGUGGGUUGGUGGCCCUGAGAUCGAACUGAUUGCUAUCGCUACGAAUGGUCGGAUCGUCCCUCGCUUCGAGGAUCUGAGCUCAGACAAGCUGGGAACGGCCGGCCGUGUGCGCGAGAUGACCUUCGGUACUACCCGCGAGAAGAUGCUGGUCAUUGAAGAGUGUGCCAACAGCCGCGCUGUGACGAUAUUCGUGCGAGGAAGCAACAAGAUGAUCAUUGACGAAGCCAAGCGCUCUCUGCACGACGCGCUUUGUGUUGUUCGCAACCUUGUGCGCGACAACCGCGUUGUGUAUGGUGGUGGUGCUGCUGAAAUUGCCUGCUCUCUUGCUGUUGAAGAUGCGGCCGUCAAGAGUCCCGGUAUCGAACAAUACGCCAUGCGUGCCUUUGCCGAUGCCCUGGAUGCCGUGCCGUUGGCACUGGCUGAGAACUCUGGAUUGAGUCCCAUCGAGACGCUUGCAGCCAUCAAGUCGCGCCAGGUCAAGGAGAACAACUCUCGUCUGGGAGUCGACUGCAUGCUGACCGGCAACAAUGACAUGAAAGCGCACUUUGCCAUUGAUCCUCUGAUUGGAAAGCGGCAGCAACUCCUCCUGGCCACCCAGCUUUGCCGCAUGAUCAACAACGUCAUCAUCUCCGGUGACGAGGACCAGGAGUUCUAA